UCGCCGCAUCGCAUCGUUUCGUCAUUCAGCCAGUUGGUCGGCAGACAAACGAAACUGGAUAACAGAAUCGGAGGUCGUGGAAGCAUCAUCAGUAGACUUUUAUCACUUGUCGUGCGCGGUCGAACAAAAGGAUUCUAACGGUCGGCGUCGGAAUACGUGUGAAAAUCCGUUCGGAUUGCUACUAACUGGCCGGUGUGUGUAUUCGCCGUGUAGUAGAAGAAAACUCGAACUCAAAGGCUCUACCAUCGGAAGUUACUAUUUUUGGGGGAAACUUGUGUCGCUUUAAAUUUGUUGUGCGUUUCGAUUUAAAGGGAGCCUAUUGUUUUGAUUUGCGGAAAACGGCCGCACGGACUAGUGGAUUCCAAUAGGAAUCGUCGCUUUUGUCGGCGGCUGUGGACUUCUGCGUAUUAAAGGCGGUUGUAAAAGCUCGAUUCUAUGAAUGGAAAAUCGGAACAGAUGCCUUCAGUCAUUAAACCCACAGGACGAGAACGUACGCUCUAAUAGCAUCCCAGCCUCUAUUAGUCGAAGACAACUACAGACCACGACGAGUGCAUCUUUCAGUUUGACUGGGUUUUAAAUUGAAUUGAAUUGGCCAGAACUCGAUUUCACGAUCCUUCGAGAGUGAAUCUAGCGCGUGUGACGACCUUAUUCACGGCGCUCGUGGAUGGCGUAAAUCCCAUCUGUGAUGUGACUAAUUGUGCCUCCGUGUGUCCGCGUUCGUGUCCCGGUGGAAAAUCGUAUAAAACGUUAGGAACGGAAGAAAAUUAUCCUAGCGACGACCGGUGGUUGGUGUAAGUACGCGCGUGAGUGUGAUUGGUGUCGGAGAGUAAUCAGUUAUCCUCCCGCCUGGGAAGAAGUACGGAAUUGUGCAGGAAAAACUGACGGAGCUCCAGCAUCCGAUGAAUCCAAACCUGCUAGCAGCGUCAUCGCCGGAGGGGUCGAACAGACAAAGGAUGGCGAACUCGUGGUGCAGUCGCAGCAUCCCGGUGUCGUCAUCCAGUGCAUGGCGGCGGGGCCGUACUGAUGGUGGUGGUGCUGCGUCAUUCUCAACGGCUACGACAACGAUGAUUUUCCCGGUGGGGCCUACCACCAACAGAACGAUGCCGACGACAGCGAUGGGGAGAUCCCUGUGGUUGAUGCUGAUCCCGGCUUUGCUCCUGAGCACGUCGCUCGGCGUGACUCAGUGCAAUGCUCAGGAACCAUAUUACUCCGUCGGACGACUUCAUCUGAACGUUCCCAUUUCCAAAGAAGCAUACAUCAUACUGCGCGACCAUCCCCUCCUCAGUGUGUCAUUGCCCAGCAGGGGAAAUACCUCCGAACCAUACCGGUACAGCAUCGAGAGCCCCACUGAGCCCUACCUGAAAGUGAACGACACCUCGGGCGAUAUUUGGAUAGCAUCGCAUUUCCUAGACCUGCAAAGUGCGACUGAAUUCAUCAUUGCGGCAUACAGCCAACAGAAUGGUACGCUGCGCCGGCUCAGUUUGACCAUCACUCCCGUUCCGUUGGGAAACGUCUCGCUUUCAAGGUUCUGCGAGGAGCACGUUGAUACGAUUUGCUUCUGGGACCGUGCCGUUUACAAAAUUCAGGAAAACGAAAUUCCUGGAUUUGCGAUUGGGCCACUCGGUGCCGAUCUGUAUCGAAAGCUCUGUCGGACCCACUCCGUUCGCUAUCAGCUCAACAACGCAACCAAUUAUCUGUCGACCAGCAAUGGAACGUUGUACAGUGUCGCCUCACUGGAUCACGAUUCAGCGCCGCCCGGUCCUCUAGUGAAAGUCAGUGUUCGUUGCAUGGUCCAGUUUAGUGGGAACGAUGUUCCCCAGGAAUUUGACAAAACUGUCGAUAUUUCCGUUCUGGAUCGGAACGAUAAUCGGCCACGUUUGCAGCACACUAACGACACGCACAUCGAAUUGGUGCUUGAUGAUCCACAUAUUGAAGAGGGUGAACCUUUAAAACAUUUGAAUGUUCUGUUCUUUGACAAAGACACAAUUGCUCUGAACAGCCAUGUGCACUAUCAGCUGCUGAACGAUUCAUACCAACUGUUCGAACCAAAAUGUAUCACCUACGAAAUCGAUCGCGACGGUAGAAGACAAACUGUUUUCAGUUGUACACUGAUCGCCCGAAAAACCGGCAUCCUUCCUAAGGGACGCUACUGCGUCGUGCUACAAGCCUUGGACGAUACAGUCUCAAAUAUAGACUCGAAUCUAUUCAACAAUUCGACGAUCUGUAUUGAUCCAAAUCACAACCGUUUUUUGCUGCCACGACCGGAACCUCUCAUUAGCGGGGAUCUUCCCAUUCCGGUGGACAGUAAACCGGCACGAUCGGGCGGAGGUGGGAAGAAGCGAUCCAGCAAUAGAAUAGCAGCGGCCUUGGCGAACUUUACCUAUCCGGACCGGGUGGAACUGUACAACAGUGCUUCUCAGUAUGCGCGCGUGGCUCAACCGAGCAACAUGUACGACCAGAUUACGGAGAGUAAAACGAAUUUAAACUACCGGAUUCUCUCCAACCCGCUCAAUGCUUUUGAUAUUACUGAGUCGGCAGGCAUCAUCUAUCUUAAGGAUGCUACAGCUAUUCGGAAGCAACCGACGAAUGUGGUGUUACGAUUGUUGGUUGGAUGGUUGGAUCAUAACGCUACGAUUGGAAUUUCUAUCAAACACAGCGUUGGAGUCUCGUGCAAUGUCUCUUCAGAGGAUUUUUGCUCCCGUCAUCCGAACCAGACAAGUUGUGUCAACAGCUGUGGCGUUGGCAGCCUGAUGGGUAACUGCAUGUUCCGAAUUCCCGAUCCAGCAAGCGCCUUCUCAAUGUUUGCUAAGCAAGAGGAAUCUACAUUCGACGAAAAUUAUCCGACCUGUACACCGGACUUGAGCUACUGUCCGGAUAACGUAUGCGAUCCGCUGGAGGACAUGGCUCACAGAAAGAAGAUCCAAAUUUGUCCACAGGAUUGCGUUUACCCUGACGAAAUCAUCGGUGUCUUCGAACGCCUGCAUACUUCAGCCCGGGGAAUCCACAUGUCGGGAGCGGGAGCUUGCACAUGCCGAUCGACAGGGCAGUGCGAUUGCUUCAGUAGGCUUGGUAUAAAAAAGGAACAUAGGAAAAACAACACGAAAACGAGGGCGACCAAAACCAGCACAACUACUGAACCAGUUGUGCUGUACAACGGUACGGAUGGAGCGUCUUCGCCAGCUGCUGUCCGGGACGGUGGCAAUUACUACCAAAAUGGGUUGAUUAACGGGCCGAAUGCGCCGAUGUUCCUGUUAGCCAUUGUGGUCAUUCCGAUGAUUGUGGCCGUACUGCUGGUGUCGUAUUGUUUCUCUCGGAAAACGGGUCUCAAGGAGAAACUGACCGACGGGAACAACAUUCCGAUGCGUAUGGUUAGCAACGAAACAGAAGUAUUCAACGUGGAUCUACCGCUCAACUCGAGGAUCAAUGAUAUCAACUUUAAAAUUGAUUUCGACUCCAAGUGGGAAUUCCCUCGCGCGAAUUUGAUUCUCGACAUAACGCUCGGCUCAGGAGAGUUCGGCAAAGUUCUCAAAGCAUAUGCGACUGAUCUGCCGGAAAAACCGGGAAUUACCACAGUGGCCGUUAAGAUGCUAAAAACUGGUGCCAAUUCAGUAGAGUUGUUAGCUCUGCUAUCCGAAUACCAACUGCUGCAAGAAGUGACCCAUCCAAACGUGAUCCGGCUACUCGGUGCCUGCACCAAAGGGGAAUCUCCGCUGCUUAUUAUAGAGUAUUGCCAGUACGGAUCACUAAAAAACUAUCUCCGCUUGAGCCGCAAACUGGAAGUGAUGGAUUCUACCGACUACGAGAAUGCCAUCGAGCCUAUCACGGUCAAGGACAUACUGUCGUUCGCCUGGCAGAUCAGCAAAGGAAUGGCCUAUUUAACAGAAAUCAAACUGGUUCACCGCGAUCUGGCCGCGCGGAAUGUGCUUCUCGCCGAGGGCAAAGUGUGCAAGAUAUCCGACUUUGGACUUACGCGAGAUGUAUACGAGGAUGACGCUUAUCUUAAGAAGAGCAAGGAUCGUGUACCGGUCAAGUGGAUGGCACCGGAAUCGCUUGCGGACCACAUCUACACCACAAAAAGCGACGUUUGGGCUUUCGGAGUCGUGUGCUGGGAAUUGAUCACCUUGGGCGCCUCACCCUACCCUGGCAUACCACCGCAAAAUUUGUACACUCUGCUGAAGCAAGGGUAUCGAAUGGAAUGUCCGAAAAAUUGUUCGGAAGAAAUAUAUAGUAUAGUUCGUUCCUGUUGGUCGGAUGAUCCAAAACUGCGACCGUCGUUCAAAUAUUUGGCUGGCCAAUUUGAACAAUUGUUGGGUCGCACCGCGAAGUACAUCGAUAUGGAGCAAAAUUCCAUUUCAAAUCCGGUGUACUGCGAAAAUACCGACGAAACCGAUUGCUCCAAAGUGUCCUUCGUCAAGGAAGAACAAGCACGCCUCGAAAACCUCUGGACAACGCCUCAGUAUGAAUCGGCGACUGACAGCAGCACCCUGGACAGCAUUCGUUACCUGUCUCCCAUAACGGAUAAAAAAUCAGCAAUUCAACAAAGUUAUGACACGCCUCGCCCACUGAUUGAGACUGCAACAAUCGAGCAGAAACUGCGUUACGAAAACGAUGUCCGAUUGCGGCCAAAGAAGAUUCACAACUUCUAUCCGCCCUCAUCGACCCCAACCAUCUACAUCAACUCAUCCAGCCAUCCGAAUCUGCUGUCCAAGUUCAUGGAUGAAACAUCUUUUUCCGUGAUAACUGGCAGCGAAUACGAUUCCCCCAACAAACAACCUCGGCCCGUUUCCUAUUUGGAUAUGAACAAGAACAGUGUCAAUCUGAACCUGGAAAUCAACAACAUCGUCGAUAAGAAACAGUCGAAGGAUAUUGCUUUCCGGUUCUCGAGCGUCGAUAAUGACCUGCAGACCAUGUGUGGUGGCAGUUGCGCACCAGCACAAGAAACCAACAUCCCGGUCGGACGGGUACAGAGCGAUCCCAAGAUGGUCAAUAGUGUCGACGGGAGAGAUGAGGUGGACUAUCCCAUAAAAAUGAAAAAUGAGCCAGAUAUUGUAUCAGUUACCGUAACCUCGACUGUUUAACUUAGGACAACUUAGAAAAAAUUUCAUUUUUGGAAAUAUUUAUUUUGUUUAGUUUAUACGAAUCAAAGCGCUAAUUCAAUAGACUCAGAACAGCAGUAUCCAUAAGCAAAAGUGGUAUUAGGCGCAAUGGAACCAAAGUAGUAUCAAAUAGACAUAGAACCAAUCAAAAUAAAUAUUUGAUAUCAAUAUUGAACCGUAGUUAGGUGAUAGGAGAACAGUUAAGCAGAGCUUAAAUGUGUUUUUGAUUGACUUGAUCGUAUAUUUUUUAUGUUUAUUUAUUUCUCGUUAAGAAUUGUUUGUUUGCUAAUAUAUAGCAAUGGAUCUCAUUUAUGUUUGUAAUCGAAUACCAAAUAUGUUGUUCCAAAGAUCAGCUCAAACUGGCUGGCUUACGUUCCUAAGUUAUUUAUUCUGUAUUGUAUGUUUUAGAGACAGGAAAAAUGUGCCAUAAACUGUUGAAUCUGUUGAAGAAAAAUGAACAGACAUUUAGAUGAUAAGAUGUUUAUUAUUCUAUUGAUAUUAAUUCACUGAAUACCGACAUUCCUCAUCAAAAUUGAUACACGACUGAAACAGUCACAUUCUGAAAUUACCUACAAGUUAAAAAUACGUCAGCAACUAAUUGAAAUAGCCUGUGCUUAUUUACAACAUCAAUAAAUGCAGGGCAUCCCAUACGAGUAACAAGCAAAUAUAAGUGGUUGUAAUGGUAACCAUAAAGUAA